UAGAAGUGACAUAUCACUUCGAAAAAGAAAAAAAAAAGGAAAAAAAGAAGAAGAAGUGACAUACACACUGGUGGUUACCAUGGGGAAAUUGCUCGCUUUUUUGCUCUGCAUUUCGCUGUUUGAAGGGUGGAUGGUCCAGUCGGUUCCCUAUGAUUAUACCGCGAGCAUUAAGUGCUUGAGCAGCCCGAUGAGGUCUCUGUACAAAGGGGGCAUUAUCGAGAACAGCGAGUUCAACAGCGGCCUGACGGGCUGGUCGGUGCCGUGGGGCGUGACGGCCAACGUGAGCAGCUCGCCGUCCGGCAACAACUUCGCGUUGGCGUCGGCGAGCAACAAUGGCCAGCCGUCGCGCAGCGUCUACCAGAAGAUCCAGAUGGAAACCGCCCACCACUACUCCCUCUCGGCAUGGUUGCAGGUUUCGUCCGGCACGGCGGUGGUGAGAUCCGUCUUCAAGGAUCCCAACGGCGCCUUCAUCGCCGGUGGAGCCACCGUCGCCAGGUCCGGCUGCUGGAGCAUGCUCAAGGGCGGCAUGACCGCCUUUGCUUCCGGCCCAGGCGAGCUCUUCUUCGAGGCCGAUGGUAGGGUGGACAUCUGGGUGGACAGCGUGUCUCUGCAGCCCUUCUCCUUCCCCGAGUGGGACGAGCAACGCCGUCUGUCGGCCGGGAAGACCCGCCGGAGCGCCGCCAAGGUGGUCGCCCGGGGCGCCGACGGCGUCCCACUGCCGAACGCCAACCUGAGCGUCAAGCUCCUCCGGCCCGGCUUCCCGUUCGGCAACGCCAUGACCAAGGAGAUCCUCGACAUCCCGGCCUACGAGCAGUGGUUCGCGUCCCGGUUCACCGUGGCCAGCUUCGAGAACGAGAUGAAGUGGUACAGCACGGAGUGGAUGGAGAACCACGAGGACUACACCGUCGCGGACGCCAUGCUGCGGCUCGCCGAGAAGCACGGCAUCGCGGUGCGCGGCCACAACGUGCUCUGGGACACCAACGACACGCAGGUGUCGUGGGUGAAGCCGCUGGACGCGCAGCGGCUCAAGGCGGCCAUGCAGAAGCGCAUCAGCUCCGUGGUGUCGCGGUACGCCGGCAAGGUCAUCGCGUGGGACGUGGUGAACGAGAACCUCCACGGGCACUUCUUCGAGAGCAGGCUCGGCCGCAACGCGUCGUCCGAGGUGUACCAUCGGGUGGCGCGGAUCGACCGGACGGCGAGGCUGUUCAUGAACGAGUUCGGCACGCUGGAGGAGCCGCUGGACGCGGCUGCCAUGUCCAGCAAGUACGUCGCCAAGCUGCAGCAGAUACGCUCCUACCCCGGCAACCGCGGCAUCAAGCUCGCCGUCGGCCUCGAGAGCCACUUCGGCACGCCCAACAUCCCCUACAUGAGGGCGACGCUGGACAUGCUCGCGCAGCUCAGGGUCCCCAUCUGGCUCACUGAGGUCGACGUCAACCGGAAUGCCGGCCCCUACGUGCCGAUCUACCUGGAGGAGGUGCUGAGGGAAGGCUACGGGCACCCCAACGUGGAGGGCAUGGUGAUGUGGGCGGCCUGGCACGCGCAGGGCUGCUGGGCCAUGUGCCUCACGGACAACAACUUCAAGAAUCUUCCCGCCGGCGACCGCGUCGACAAGCUCAUCGCUGAAUGGAGGACGCACCCGGAGGGCGCCACCAUGGACGCCAACGGCGUGACCGAGCUGGACCUCGUCCACGGCGAGUACAACUUCACGGUGACUCACCCGUCGCUUGGCUCGCCCGCCGUGCGCACUUUGACGGUGGACGCGUCGUCGGCUGCGGUGGAGCACACUAUAGACAUCAAGGUGUAGGGACUAGGGAUCGGACACAAACACAAUACACAGCAGCUUAGUUUCAUCUGCUAUAUACAAUAUAUUCUUGAGAAGAAAUAUCUUUCCCUAUACAUUUAUUUAAUAAUAAUAAAGCAUGUAUUGCUUUUGC